AUGACUAACAACAAUGGAUGUAUUAUAUCCGGGGAAAUUGAUAAAGGAGAAAUAUUUAAGGAGUUUUCUACAAAAUUUGUAUCAACGGUAGCAACUAGUGAAUCUGAUCGUUCUGAGAAUGCAGGCGGUACUCGUGAUGGUUGGUUACUUAUUGAGGCUAUCAGACAAUUCGAUAAGGAUUGGUCCCGAACUUUCUUUUAUUAUAUGAAUGCUUUGGAACUCGAAGAUCCCAAAGAUUUGAUUAGGAAGUUGGAUGGAAAGGUACACAUGUUUCGUGAUGGUGAAAAGAAGUUGAGGGUUGCUGUGAUAAAGACUGAGGGUAAUUGUGAUGUUAUGAAUCUGAUUGACAGUGCUAUUUCGAGACGGUAUGAAAACUUUUUUUAA